UUUCUGUAUUUGUGUUUAUAGAUUUAAAUUUGGGGUAAAACUAUGGCUGGGGCUAUAGAGGAAGCGGCUAAAAAAUUCCUGGUUGAAGCUAAAUAUGAAAAGGUUUUUAAACACACAUUUGAUGUGAUAGAAGAUUAUUUAAACAGUGCUCUUCUAGCUGUUGGAGCAAUUGCUCUCUCUGUCAGAUUUCUGUCUGCCAUGGGAACAGGAGAUUCGGUUUGUGUACUCUUAGGUGUUCAGUAUGAGAACGCUACUGCUGGAGAUAAAGAUGAUAACAUACUAUUUCCCUAUCCUAGCUCAAUAGCUGUAGCUCUAACUAACUAUGCGAACUUCCAUGAGGAUUGUGUGAAUGCCUCUGUUACAAUAUUUAUGCAGUGGGCUCCAUAUGUCAUCCUUAUUGAGACCCUUUUAAUGAUAAUGGUUGAGAAAAUGUUCCUGAAGAUGCCUCGUGUUGCUGGAAGAAUUGAGAGAUUCUACAAUAAUAUCAUAGAAGAGUCUCUGUUUGGAAAGGAUCCUGAUGUUGCAGAGGAUGUAUCAGAUGACAAGUCAAACACUGAAGCGAUAUCAAGAAAAAGACGCAGGAAUGAGGUGUGCAUGUCAUUGAAAAGAUCAAGUAUUAUCCACCAGUCCUAUGUGCUCAAAAACGUCAUAGAGAUCUUUAUGUUGGGGCUAUUUAUUCCAUUUAAUAUCUAUUUCUCAUUUGAGGCCGAAGUAAAUCGAAAACCAAGUCUAUGUGAGCUUGACAUGCUUGAACUGCCUGUUCUUGGAUUCUCAAAUGGUGUAGUACAUUUCCAGUGCAUGGGAAAGAAAGUUCAGUUCUUCAUAAUCAUGGUCUUUGUUCAAGUGGCCUUUCAGAUUGGUGUUAUAUUUACAUGCAUUGGAUCCCUGAUUUGGUGUCUCUUCUUCAGAAGUAUCUCUAGGAUGCUCAAAAAAAUUCAGCAGGACGUCAGUUAUAAGGAUUUAGAGCCUGUUGGAGGAUCAGACUUUCUUUUUCUCUUUGAUCUUCUUGCACAUUCCUCAGGUCUGGAAUCUACACUACGAGUCUUAACCCAUUCUGAUGAAACUUUCCGAAGGAUUUGCUUACCUAGGUUGAGUGUUGAAAAAGAUUAUAUGAAGGUGGAAGAGGAUAGGUUAAGGAUAACCUGGUCUCCUGCUAAAAUAGAGGAAUGGUUGGUUGAUCAUUCACACCGAGGGAUUGUGGUGGAUUGCUAUGAUGUUACUAUAUUUCCUGCUGAGUCAAUAAAGAAUACAGUGAGUAAAAAAGCAAAGUUGAAAUCAACUCAUGGAGAACUGAUACAUGUUGAUAACCAAUAUAGUGCAUGGUUUUCAGAUUUGGCAGGUGGAAGAACAGAAUAUAUAGUGACAAUUGCAUGUGUGAUUGGAAGGUCCAGAAUGAAAGGAGAGAGAAUAGUAACAAAUCUCCUACCAUAUCCACCAGAAAAACCUAGGACUGGAAUGUGUAAAAUUACAGGAACCCAUGAGGUUGAGAUAUCAUGGGAGCCACCUAAAGGAGACUUUACUAAAUAUGUCCUUGCAGUGGACCCUGUUCUGAAGUUUAAGAAUGGAACAGAACCAGGACCUCCAUCCCUUUUCAGAGUUGGAACAGAAAAUAGGGGAUAUUUUGUCAGAGAUGAAUCUGGCCCUAACAUUAAGACAAAUGGACGGUAUGAAAGGGAAAUAAGUAGCAAAAUGACUGAUUUCACCAUAACCAGUCUUCUUCCAGGAGAAGCCUAUAAAGUUGAACUAAAGACUAAGACAGGGGAUAGGUUCACAAGACAAUCAAUAACAGAAACAGUUCUAACUAAACCUGAGAAAAUUACUUCACUUACAGCAUCUGAAAUUUGUACAGAUAAUGUAACUGUGAGCUGGGUUGCCCUUGAAGGACACUCUAGAUUAAAAGCUUACAACCUCACAUGCCAAUCAAAGGAUAACAAAUUCCAAAGAGAACUGUCUGUGAAGCAUAAGAGCAGUAGUCAAGUAAAUUCCUUCCAGUUUGAGAACCUACCGCCUGCCACAGAACUAUCAGUGAUUAUAAGCACGGUUUGUGUUUAUGACAACCUAAAGAAUACAUCAGACGAAGAGAGGAUUACCUUUAUCACUUUACCACUGCCACCCAGAAACUUGGAGCUAGAAUCAAGAUUAACAAACAGUUUUGUUGUGAAGUGGGAGGCACAAACAGGGACUACAGCAGUGCACAAGUUCAAGCUUAACAUUCAGUGUACAGAGAUUGGAUAUAGCAACACUUUUGAAGUGAAUGGAGAUAAGCGUACAUUCAAUUUUUCAAAACUUCCAGAUGUAACAGGCACAGGAGAAUGUUACUCGGUCAAUAUCUCCUACAUUGUUCACCCUCCAGGUUCAGAUUCAGAGGUUGAAUCUGCAGUAGUUUCUGGUCACUUCUACACGAAACCUCUUCCACCCAGUCAAAUUAAGCUGGGACCAGGAAACCUUAUUAGUUGGACUAAUUCACUAUCAAAAAGUGUGAGUUUGUAUAAGUUGAAGUACAAGAGUAUGGAUGAUGGAGGGAAAUCUGAAGAAAUCUUGAUUCCUGCAGAUCCAGGAGUAGAUACAUCCUCUACACUAUUAAAUACCCUGAUAUUUGGAACACCCUACAAGAUUAAUAUCUAUGGUCUUCUGGAGAUCAGUGAUCAGGAGAACCUUGAAAGCAAAGAACUUCAUGAGAAGAUUAUUCUGACUGACUCUGGGUUAGUUGUUUACCAUGAAGACCAAGAAAGACCUGGUUCAAGUCUAUCAAGACAAGUCAGUCAGACCGCAAUGUGAACUUGUACAAAUUGGAUAUUCACGAGAUGUUAGAUAAAAUCCUAACAUUUUCUUUGAAUUAUCAAAAUUUCAAAAAGAUUUCGUAAUAACGAACAUUUUGUUUGAAAUUAUUAACAGACAUGG